AUGCUGCACAAAAGUCCAAGAGAUAAGUUCGUUCUCACAGGAAACGUCCAGGCGCUGUGUGACACAGAGACUGAUGGUGGAGGUUGGGUCAUUAUACAGAGACGUGUGCGAGGAGAUGUAGACUUCUAUAGAGGCUGGGAUGAUUACAAGAGAGGGUUUGGAACCCCAGACACCGACUUCUGGAUUGGAAAUGACAUUAUUCACAACCUCACCUCACAGGGCUACAACGAACUCCGGAUUGACUUUAUCUAUAAUGGGAUCGAGCGCUUUGCCCACUACACCAACUUCAAUCUGAUCGAUGAGUUAUCUGGAUACAUCAUCACGAUUGGUGGAUUUUCCGGAAACGUCUUUGACAGCAUGAGCUAUCAUAACGGCAACAAAUUCAGCACUUUUGACCGGGAUAAUGACCCUAGCGAUCACAACUGUGCCGUGAACAACCACGGGGCUUGGUGGUACAACAGUUGUUACAUGGCCAAUUUGAAUGGGACCUGGGGAGUGAGCAACAACACGGGUAUUUCUUGGCAUUUUACAUAUUAUGAUAAAUGGACCAAUCUAUCGUUUACAGAGAUGAAAAUUAGGCUUCUUUAG